CUUGCCACCCCCCUGCCCUGCAGAGGGGGCGAGGCCUCCUCGGAGUCAGUCGGCGGUGGACAGACCUCUCUUUAGCAAACCACCCUUUAGUGAAAACGGCCCAGGACUGAAACCGACGGAUCUGGACCCGCAGAAAUGACGGCCGCGAAGCCCUCUCGAGAACCGCAAACGGCCGAUGCGCUGAUCGACUUGUCAGGGUAUUAGGUCUAUCAGCCUCCGAGUCAGGCCGAGGCUCUUCACCUCCGACGACCCGGAGCUCUUCGGCAGACACCCCCUGGACAGCCACGUCGCCAGGCAGCUCUCCGACAGCCGCCUCGGCAGGCAGCCCAGCGCCGACCGCCGGCCCCUGCACGGCAGGGCCCGCAUCGCGUCGGACGCCUCGCAGUGGUCCGUGAGCUCCGACCGCGGCCUGGAGCACCACCCCAACGCGCGCGAGGAGGCCGAGAAGCAGGGCCGCACGGACCACAGGUGCCUCCGCGUCCUCGCGAAGGCCGUGGCCUUCGCCAUCACCGCGGUGGCGGCCCCGCUGGCGUGCCGACGCUACGGCCUGCCCACGCCUCAGCGCUGCGGUGUCCUCUUCGCGUCGGUGCUGCUGCUCAACCUGGCCGAGGCCUUGCCUCUCUACUGCCUCUCGCUCCUCGUGCCGGUGCUGGGCACGCUCUGCGGGGUGCUGGGGGAGAAGCGCAGCAUCCCCGAGACAGCCACCCUGCUCGUGUCGAAUUUCUUCACGAACGUCUCCUUUCUGGUGCUCGGGGCCCUGGUGACCAAUGGUAUCUUCGCCAAGUGCGGCAUUGACCAGCGAAUGAUUCGAUGGUUGUUGCUGAUGGUGCCCAUAGAGAGCGGUUUGUUCCUACUCCUCCUCAUGCUUGGGACAACCGCGGUUGCUUCUGUCUUGUAUUCUGCAUCAUUGAUGCUUUUUGCUUCGUUACGAGUGUUCCUCUAUCAGGAGAACGGUAAAACAUCAGUUCCCGUACCAGUGGCCAAACGUAUCCUUUUGGGGGUUGCGUUUGCAUCCAACGCUGGAUCAACGUGGUUGCCGAUAUCGAGUCCUGUUAAUUUGGUCGCAAUGGGUUUGUUAGGUAAUUUCGACAAGCGGCUAACAUCGACGGAGUGGGCAGCCUUCGCAGUACCAGUAGCCACCAUUACGGUGAUAGGCUCGUGGGCUGUGCUCAUGAUGUGCUUCCCCACGCCGGGCUUUCACGAGGACGAGGACGAGGACGAGAAGAUGCCCUCAGCGCGGGGGGCUUCGAAACGCAAGUCAACUUACACCGAUGCGGAGCUCUACGACAACUUACCAGUUGAAGCACAAUCAUACGACCCUUUCACGCCGGCGCAGGUCUUCUUCAUGGCGUUAGCUCUUGUGGCAGUGCUGCUGAUCACCGCGUUCCCUCCAGUGCUGGAGAGGCUAAUCGGCCACCCUGCCAUCUUGUCUUUGUGCGUUGUGGUUGUCGUGUUCGGCAGUGGCUUCAUGAUGAGGGAGGAAUUCCUGCAGCUCGACUGGGACCUGCUCUCUAUUGUCGGCGGCACGAAUGUGAUGGCAUUUUUGGUUCGCGACACGAGUCUCGGAGCCAUCUUGUCCGAGGUGAUCGUGAACCACCCGUACUUCGAGUUUCUGCGUUUCAGGAGCAUGCUGAUUUUGCUGGUCUGCGGCACCUUGUCAGUGUCAACGUUGCUUGGCCACACUAUGUCAGGCGUGAUUCUUCUGCCGCUGAUAAUCGCUGUCGGCGUGAAGGUGCAGGCUGCGCAGACUGUUGCUCUCAUCUGCACCGUCGCAGUGCCGCUUGGAAUGGGAUUUUCGCAUUCUUCGUUCGACAAUGUUGCAGCUUUGACUACCUCCAUGAAUCUGGGGAAGCAAGACGCUGUGCUUACGAGGCGAGACUUCAACCGUUCGGGCAUGCUCACGACAGUCUGGGGUGCUUUGGUUCUCCUCUCAGUCGGGCCGUGGGUCGCGGAGCAGAUGUAUGGGCCGCCACCACCCUUAGUCGUGGCAGAGAUCUCAGACACUCCAGAGGAGCUGAAGCCGAGGGUGGUCAAGGAGUCUCUGCCAGCGGAGGUGGAGCAGGUGAGAUGGAAGAAAAAGCAGCUAGCCAACUGGAACGAGUUCCUCAAGAGACCAGAGAAGAAAGCGUUCGCCGUCGGCACGAUCAAGGGCAUGCACACGCGUGGCUGGGCGGCCACUUGGAACCACCCCACCCAGGAGGGCGCCAACCGCGCCGCGCUGGACCACUGCGAACGGCUCGCCGACAAGUGCCGGCUGAUCUACCCAGUGGACCAGGGCUUCGACCCGAAGGACCUGCCGAAGGGCCUGCCGAAGCCGCCCGCGGCCCGCAGGGCCCUCGCCUCGCUGCCGCGGCCUCCGCCGCUGCCCGCCCCCGGCGGGCCCUCGCGGCCGCCGGGCUCCGCGGGCCCCGCGGAGCCGGUCGGGGAGCGCCCCGCCCGUCGGGUCGGCCCAGGAGGGCCGCUGCUGGUCCAGGGGGUAUGGGGCAUCCAGCGCUUCGGGAGGAGGGAGGCUCGGAGGAGGAGGACAAGGUACCCAUACUUCGGAGGUGGAUAGGCCUCCUACCCUGACACGUCGAUUAGCGGAUUGGCCGUUCUCGGUUCGCGAGAGGGCGUCGCGGCCGUCAUUUUUGCGGGUCCAGGUCCGUCGGCUUCCGUCCCAGGCCGUUUUCAUUCAGAGGGUGGUUUGCUAAAGAGAGGUCUGUCCACCGCCGAACACCGCUACCCCUGCCGCGUUUUCACCUUUGGGAGCCUCCUCGCGAGGCCCUUCUCGCCACGGCUGGCGUCGCCUCGAGAUGCUGGUGUGGACGCGGCCCGGGAGAGCUUCAUGGCGCAGCAGCAGCGGCACGUCGUUUCGGUUCCCCCAUGGAGGCGCGCACCGCGGGCUUCUUGCGCCUGGACCACGGCGGCGAGGGCUUCAAGCCGUGAGGGGAGCGAGCCACAAAUAGUAAGUCGGGCCUGUCUUUCUACAGGGGGG